GGCGCUUACCAGUAACUGUAAACAUUAGGCUGAGUAUGGUGGAGACUAGAGUGGAACAUUUUACUCCUGGUGUAGCAACUGAUCAUGCGAUGGAAACAGUAGCAGGUGAACACAACCAGCUAAGAGUACUCGAAUUAUACAGUGGUAUUGGAGGUAUGCACUGUGCUUUGAAGGACAGUGGUCUAAACUAUAAAAUUGUGGCAGCAGUUGACAUAAACGAAAAGGCCAAUAUCAUCUACAAACAUAACUUUAGGGAAACCAAUCUGCUUCAAAGAAAUAUUGAGUCCAUAUCAGUGCAGCAACUAGACAAGAUGAAAAUAGAUCUUCUUACAAUGAGUCCACCAUGCCAGCCUUUCACCAGGCUAGGAUGUCAGAAAGAUGUUAGUGACCCAAGAGCAAAGUCAUUCUUAUAUCUACUCAACACAUUACCAAAGUUGGAGAAUCAACCAAAGUACAUUUUAUUAGAAAAUGUAAAAGGCUUUGAGACCUCAAAUGCUAGAGCAGCGUUCAGGGAGAUGCUGGAUAGAUGUGGAUACAUAUAUAAGGAAAUGCUAUUGUCUCCAGUGCAGCUGGGAAUUCCAAAUUCUCGACUUAGAUUCUACCUAAUUGCAAAGAAGUCGCCACUGUCAUUUCAUCCUCCAAAGGAAGCAGAACUUGUCUCUUGCACCCUGUGCCAUAUCAUGAAUAGCUAUUCUGUCUGUAAACAAACUGGAGGGAGCAGGUUCUGUGCAGAUGUGUGGAACUUCUCUGAAUCGGAUCAGCCAUGUAGAACUGUCAAAGCCAAUAACUCCAAGAAAAGAACAUCUGUCAACAGCAAUGCCACUGAGAAAUGUUUACCCGCACUUGGUCAUAAGGUCACUGUAAAUGAAAACGCAUGCAUUGUCCCACCUCAUAAGAUUGGUGGAAGUCUUCAGGAAGCCUCGACAAUAACCUGUCACAUGGACGUUAGUGCUGAACACACAGGAGAAGCUAGUGCAUCACUAGAACGAGCAGCACAAUGUCUGGAGGUAAAGAAUGUGCAGAGUACAUCACACACAGGUGGGAUUAGCUCAGACGCCUCUGCUGUGCUGCAGUGUUGGAGCAGCGUCUGCGGUGGUCAGUUGGAUGACCGCAAGCUGCUGCAUAACUGUCAGGACAGUGCCAUGCGCACAUUGGGCAGCUACCUGUCGCCACAUGACAUGGAGAGCCGACACCAGCUGCCGCAGCAACUUGUCACACGCUUUCUCAAGGUGAUGGACGUGGUGAGCCCACAAUCCACACGGUCGUGCUGUUUCACCAAGGCUUAUGGCAGGUACAUAGAGGGCACUGGAUCAGUUCUGCUGUCAGACUUUACCGAUAGUAUACACAUCGUCGAGGGCAAGGCAAUGCAUGGCACCUGUGCUGCACCCAGCACACUACGGUUGAGCUACUUUUCUCCAAAGGACAUUGCCAAUAUUAUGUGCUUUCCUACUGACUACACAUUUCCAAAGGACUGCACUAGUCGGGAUUGUUAUAAAGUGCUAGGUAAUAGCAUCAACAUUUAUGUAGUCUCUGUAUUGUUGAGGCUACUUACUCUUGGUGAUGAUUUAUAGGUUGUAACACCUGUAUCAUAAUAUCCCAAAGCAGUGCAACUCAGGUACAGUAAUCCCUCUCCUAUCGUGCAUAUUUUCCAACCAGAAAACAAGCAUAUUUACAAUGAAAUAUUUUAUUACAAUAUUUUAAUACAUAUCUUUUCCUAUUGUGGUGUAGU